AAUAAUGAUUCUCCAACAAGCAAUUUUUCGACGUUUUCCAGUAGGCCUACUGUCUUGUUGUUCUCUGCCUCCUUUUUUCUUUGAAUUUAGGCAACGCUACAUUCAUGGAGAAUGACAUUCUUGAUUCUCUUGAAGACUUAGGGUAUUCGGGUCCAUUGCUUGAAGAUGGAGCACUUGCUGCUAGUUUGGAACAAGGUCCUGAGUCUGCAUCAUACACUGGUGUAGUCUCAUGGAUGGUGUCUGAGCUGGGAGGAUUAGUUGGUUUGGAGGAAACUGUUUCUGCUGUGACAUGUCCAGAAGAGGCUCAAAAUUUUCUUUUAGAGCUCAGUGGGUUCCUGAGAGAAUAUGGAUGUCCGUAUUCCACUCUUACGGAGGGGCCUAUCAAUCAGAGGCUGUUAGAGAAGCAACACAGACUUCAAUUAUUAGAUUUCUUAUGUACGGAAUUAUCUGCUGUUAGAUUAACUGCAACACACAAACCACAAUUGCUGUCCAAUCAGGAAGCAGAGGUUAUGGCUGAAACCGAAGUUGCUCUCAAUCUGAAGAUAGCAUGUGUUUGCCUUGGUUUUCCAAAACCACCCUCAAACAUCACUCCAUUUCAACUCUUCUCUAAAAUAGAAUCCAAGAUUAAGGAAUUAAUGGCCAAGUGUCCCCCAAGUCAUCUUGGUAAACCUCUUUUAAACUGUCGACUGAGUGAGAAGCAGUGGGCCAAUAUAAUGAGGAUCAACGAAGCUUUAUGUGACGAAUAUAAAUUGCGUCGAGAGAUGCUGUUGAAACGUCUUGAUGUAACGAUACAGUCAUUUAAAUGGUCGGACACUGCCAAACAAAAAGAGAAUGCCAUAGCUGCAGUUUAUCAACCGUUACGAAAAAUGCUACUCGCCAAUCCUGGGGUAAAUGUGCCAUUGUUAUUGGCCGCUCGGGAAGAUCUGUUGAGGAUUCAAAAGACAAGCAGUGGAGCUGUCAGAGAGAAGUCGAAAUGUGCGAUCAACAGAAUCCUUAUGGGCCGAGUACCCGACCGCGGAGGGCGCCCAUGGGAGUCUGAGCCUCCACCACCGGAGAUGCCAUCCUUUAUGAAGAGAGAUUCUCAGCCGCAAAGACAAGGAGGUGGCAGAGGAGGUGGACGUGGUGGAGAUCGAGGACGUGUCCAAGGUGGAUGGUCAGGUGGUGGUGAUCGAAGUGGCAGUGCUGGUGGGAACUGGCAACAAGGUGGUCGAGGGUACAACCAAAGGGGAGGAGGAUACAACCAACAAAAAGGAGGUGGAUAUGAACAACAACAAAACCAAGGAUAUCAACAACAGGGAGGAUACCAGCAACAAGGUGGUUAUCAGCAAGGAGGCUAUCAAAAUGGGGGUAAUCAAGGAGCCUAUGGAGAGGAUAGUUAUCGAGGUGGGAGUGGUUAUAGAGGGGGAGGUCGUGGCAGAGGUGGCCAACGGGGUCGUGGCCGGAGAUAACAAACUUGAAUCGCAGGAGCUGGAUUUUGUUUUUGCAUGUGCAUUGAACUUGUGUUCAUAUAGAUAAUUACGAUGUGGAACUGGAAGGUAUUCUAUAUAUUGCAACAAAACCAGCGUGUGAGACAAAAUAAUUUUCCCUCUUCUGAAAUGUUCCAUCUUUUAGAAUGUUAUCUUUCCUCUUUCUCAGCGAAAAAUAUUUCAGGCUUCAGAAGCAGUAUUGAAUCUCCCAAUAAAACAACACUUUAUUGUAUGUGCUAAUUGAGUUUUGCUCCAAGAAAUCUCAGUCUUAUUUAUGUCAAGUACUUUAGAAAGUACUUGAAAUGUAUAAGAAAAAUUUGAUUGACUUUUACACACAAUUUGCUCAAUAAUUUGGCUUGGACAUUUAAGUUCAAAUAAUCAUUACUUUGAAAUAAUGCAACAUUACUUGACCUCUUUUAUAGUUGACCAUACACCAUGUACACAGCGUACUCCUAAAAUAUGGUUUGUCUGUCCUGUGGCAAAGGGUAUUUUAAUUUGGUGUAUCUACAUCCUAGUACUGUUUAUGAUUGUAUAACCCAAAGGGUUGCAAGGUUGAAUAAAGACAUUAUGCA